CGGGAAGCUUUGAUCCAUGUGGGUGGUCCAGCCGGACAAACAUGAUGCUUCAUUCACAAAACCGACCAGCUUUGUAUUAAAUAAAUACACAUGCAUGCAUUGAGCUAGUUUUUGUAAACAUGAGUACAGACGGUUACACUGCAUGUUGCACCCGAAGUUGGAUAAAAAUGUAUUGUAUGGUUUUUCCAGCCCUUCCAGUGUAAUGAUGAUGAAAAAGCACACACAUUACGUGCACUGCCAUUACAUGCUACACUCGAAAUCACAGUCACAAUGCCGAUGUGAAAACAAGGCAGCUCCCCUCGGCGACCACCCACACGCUGGAGGAGUCUGCUGGGAGACGGGGCUGAAGCGGAGGUGGGAGGAGGACGCCAUUGCAGCCGCAGCUGGCCGUCUGUGAUUCGGCUCAAACGUUACUAAACUUCACGAUGUCAGGGGAGGUCUUUCAAGAGAUUUCUCAGGCUUAGAUCACAGUUAUUGGAUCGGAGUUUGAAAACAGACAAAUAAUAUGGAAGUUUUGUCACCGCGGAUGAGAAAAUGUGGAGCCACGGAGCCGAGCCAAAGCAGUCGCCUACCAUUCCUUCACCUGUCCAGUGGCCCAGUCUCUCACCAUGAACACCAGUAGGAACUGCACCGUGGUGGGGAAUGGUGAGGGUCUGGCUGCCCUGGAGUCAGUCUCAAUUGUGACCAUCACGCUCCUCGCCUGCCUGGGGAACCUCUUGAUUGUGGCCACCCUCUAUCGCAGGCCUUAUCUGCUCACACCCAGCAACAAGUUUGUGUUCAGCCUGACCCUGUCCAAUCUGCUGCUGUCAAUGCUGGUGCUGCCGUUCGUGGCCGUGAGCUCGGCAAAGAGAGAGUGGGUGUUUGGGGUGGUAUGGUGCAACUUCACUGCCCUGCUCUACCUGCUCAUCAGCUCUGCCAGUAUGCUCACACUUGGAGCUAUCGCCAUUGACAGGUAUUACGCAGUGCUCUACCCAAUGAUCUACCCCAUGAAGAUCACAGGAAACCGGGCGGUCGUGGUCAUCGCCUACGUGUGGUUACACUCUCUGGUGGGCUGUCUGCCUCCUCUGUUCGGCUGGUCCUCCUUCGAGUUUGACUGCUUCAAGUGGACCUGUGUUGCGUCUUGGCACAGAGAGCCGAGCUACACAGCGUUUUGGGUCGCGUGGUGCAUCCUUCCCCCAUUCUUCAUCAUGCUGGCCUGCUACGGUGUCAUUUUCCGCGUCGCCCGCAUGAAAGCUCGUAAAGUACACUGUGGAACCGUCGUCGUGGCUCAGGACGAUUCUAGUGGAGCUCAGAGGAACGGACGUAAGAACUCCAGCACUUCAACUUCCUCUAAUGGAAGCCGGCGGAGCCUUGUGUACGCAGGGAGCCAGUGCAAGGCCUUCGUCACCAUCUUAGUGGUGAUAGGCACCUUCCUCAUGACCUGGGGGCCGUAUGUUGGUGUGGUGUGUACUGAGGCUUUGUUGGGACAGGGGAGUGUUUCUGAGGGGCUGGAGACUCUGGUAGCAUGGCUUUCCUUCUGCAGCGCCGUGUGCCACCCGCUCAUCUAUGGUUUGUGGAAUAAAACGGUGAGGAAGGAGCUGUUGGGGAUGUGCUUUGGAGACCGCUACUACAGAGAGUCGUUUGCCACUCGACAAAGGACGUCCCGACUGUUCAGCAUCUCCAACAGAAUCACAGACUUGGGUAUGUCCCCACACCUGACUGCCAUGCUGGCAGGUGGAGGGCAUCUGUUAGCCCCUGGCAGCAGCACAGGAGAUACUGGCUUCAGUUUCACUCAGGACUCAUGUACAGAUGUGAUGCUGCUGGAUAACUUCUCCAUUGACGGCUCCUCCCAACCACAGCAGCACGGAAAUCCAUCAGGGAAGAGGAGGAGCUCAGUCACGUUUGAAGACCAGGUUGAGCAUUCCAAAGCUGAAAACACCAACACAUCCUCAGUCCAAGUCCACGCAGAGGUACACAAAUCUCUCGACUCUUUUGCCUCCUGCCUGGCGAAGGCUAUAGAGAGUGACGCUAAACUCACUCUGUUUGGGGACGGUCUGGCCCUGCCAGCGGGACUGUUCACGACCAGGGCAGCGCCGAGACCCAGAUACCUGGACGGUCAGAGACUGAGGCUGGAGAGUAUCGAUGAAGGGAUCGUCAAAGACGACAGAGAUGAAGAAGAGCAGGAUGUGGAGGAGAAACCAGCCUGAACACAGCCGGUCUGGUAACUUGUUGGACGUUCUUAGACCAUACACCGUUAUUAUUGCUGAACUGUAAGGGUUUCGCACCCUUAACACUGUUUUAUAUGAGACCUUUCAGAUUGGAGCUUUUCCUGCUCCUUGGUACACAUUAUGAAGUCUUGUUACACAUGGGUACCCCAUACUUGAAAUUAUUAGGAAACAGGAAGAGGCACAUUAUUCAUUCCACUAUGAUGGACCACACAAAGUGCACACCAAUCUUUGCAAGCUUUUGUAUGUUAUCACACAGGAAGACUUAACUACUGUAACCUAAAUGGUCUGAAUGUUGUAGUAAAUUGUUUACUACUAUAUAUUAUUGUUAUUGUAUGUCCAUGGAAAUGACAAGAACACACACCUCAUUAAGGCUGGGCAGUAAGAAAGAAUACAGUCAUUUCUAUCUUCCAAAGGACUCAAAACACUGCUACCAGAUCCCUUUCAAAAGGUCUUCUUAGUUACAGUAAGAAAAGUCUGUUUCAAGCCCAGAUUUUCAGCCCAGAAAAUAGGAAAAAAAAAGGCCCAUUAUAAUUUACCACAGCACAAAAUAACGUCUUCAAAUGUCUUGUUUUGUCUGACCAACAGUCCAAAAGCCAAAGAUAUUCAGUUUAUUAUUACUGUAUGUACGACAUCAAGCAUCAAGUCUUCACAUCUGAGAAGUUAGAACCAUCCAAUAAUGACAAAUCAUUAGUUGAGUAUCAGAAUAGCCAACAAUUAAUUUUAUAUCGAUCAGCUAAUCGAUUAGUCAACUAAUCACUGCAGGUCUACUAAAUUGGCUGUAAGUUCAAGCACAUAGGAAUGAAUAGGAAUUAUUUGGUUUAGGAAACAGGCACAUUUUGAAAAUGAACUUGUGUAUUGAAAUUCAAAGUUAUUACAGUGAUACAGUCCAUCUAUGUAUUGCCCAGCCCUGAGCUUCACCAUAUCAACAGAAUCUGUCAACACUUGUAGUAUUAUUAAGGUACAUAAAGAUUAAGGUGUGUUUCUUAUUGUGUUUUAGGAGCAGGGAUCUGCUACGUACGACUGUGGACAUGCACAGUAAUUGCACUUGAACAUACAGUGUGUACUUGUUCUCACAGAAACCACUCUUGCUUAAUGUCAGAGAAGGAGAUUAUUACUGUUUGGUCAUAGUUUUUGGAUACAGUCCAAGGCGAAGCUGUAUAAUAGCAGUGAUGUAGUGACGACCAAAUGAGGUAACAAGAAAACAGACUCAUGAAGUAAUGAAGUCCAAAAUUAGUCAUUUGGAGACCGACUAUUAUUAAUAUUUCAAGAUUGUUAUAUCAACGAAAAUGCAUUAGCAAGGGCCCACAUUUCAUAAUAUUGUGCACAAAAUGGGCAAUGCAAAGACAUGACGGAAAUAAAUUACCAUUGGUCACUGAAAGUCAACUCACUGAAAAAGAAAUCGUGUUCAGUGUUAAAUCAGAGGGCAAGUUCUGUCUUAACCUCCUAAGACCCGAACUCUUGCAUGGCGUGCAUUUUUAAUUUCUCUUUGCUAUUUAUUCUGAUUGGGACCUGAGAAAAAUGAUGUCCACAUAUGAGGACAUUAGUUUUAAAUUUCGAUUACUGAGUGGCAGUAUAAUAUCCUCAUAUGUGGUCACCAGGCCCUUGUUGAGAAAAAGUUAGUAUUGUGGUCUAGAGAACCCAAAAUGUGAGGUCCACAUAUGUGGACGCCAGGUCCUAGGAGGUUAAGGAAAAAAAACUGGUGUUAAACUACAAAAUUUAUUAAUUUGGUGGUACAUGUGGUUUACCUCAGUUUAUACACUCCACCAUUUCCUUUGCUAUUAUAAAAGGAACUCUGAGAUUUGUAAUGUGUAGAGCACAAUUCUGAUGCUUCAGUCUUACCUCGUAUUUUUGUAUUAUGUUUGAACAGGUACUACUUUUGUAAGAAAAAGCUGUACACCUGAGAAGUGAUGUAACCUUUUGAUUUUCACUAUACAGUAACUAUUAAUACCAAUAUUUCCAGUAAAGUUUUGUAUUAAGAUUCUUCUAUUACGUUUUUUUUACAUAAAGUUUUCUGAACAAAUUGUUGUCCUGUUCUGUGCUGCUGUGAUUUCACAGCGUUACCAUGGUGUCUGCAAGUCCUGAAAAAUGUUAAAGCAUUGAAUUCAGUUCCCUCAAUAAAAAGACCUUAAGUCUUA